UCUAUGCACUGUAGAAAUGAUUGAGAGACCCUACUUUCUAAUGCUAUGGAUGGUUGGCAUCCUUAUAAAUGGUGUUUGGACCAGAGAACUUAUGUUUGUGAUUAACACAUGGCCUUUUACUGCAGCCACUGAUGCUGGCUUUGAAUCACUUCUUCAGGGUGGUUCCUCACUUGAUGCUGUAAUUGCAGGAUGCUCUCAAUGUGAGACAGACCAGUGUGACGGAACUGUAGGAUGGGGAGGAUCACCUGAUGAAGAUGGUCACACCACAUUAGAUGCUCUUGUUAUGGAAGGAGGAAGACAGGACACUGGGGCUGUCAUCCAGUUGAAGUCUGUCCGAGAGGCAAGUAAAGUUGCAAGGGCUGUUUUGGAGCACACCUAUCAUUCUGUACUUGUUGGAGAAAAUGCCACCAAUUUUGCUCUUUCAUUGGGUUUCAAGAGUCAACCCCUUUCAUCUCAAAGAUCCAUCAACAUUUGGGAGGACUGGAAAAAAGCAAACUGUCAGCCCAAUUAUUGGAAGAACAUGGUAAACUCUACCACUAAGUGUGGACCCUAUAUUCCUAAUCUUCUAACAGACGAUCACCAUUACAGAAAAUCAUCAAUAAAUAGAAGAAAUCACGAUACAAUAGGAAUAAUAACUCUUGACAGACAUGGCAAGAUGGCAGCGGGCACCACUACUAACGGGAUGAACCAUAAGAUACCCGGAAGGUCUAGUGACUCAGCAUUGCCGGGGUGUGGUGCGUUUGUGGAUGAGAGUGUGGGUGGUGCUGUGGCUACUGGAGAUGGCGACAUCAUGAUGAGGUUCAGUCCCGCUUUCUUAGCUGUCGAACUUAUGCGAGGGGGAAUGUCUCCUAAACGAGCAGCUGAAGAAUCCAUCACUAGAAUAUCUACCAAGUAUCCCAACUCCCUGAGUGGAGCUGUUAUUGCUGCAAAUAAGGACGGAAAGUACGGAGCAGCAUGUUACGGUAUGGACAAGUUCCCUUACUCGGUACGAGACAGUCAGGACAGUGCUAAGACUAGGGUUGUGGAAGUGGACUGCCUGAGUUAGCUGAGAAGAUGACGAUCACGUGUCUUCUGGCGGCAUACUUUGAUGGGAAGAUUUUAAAAUUGAGAUUAAGUUUUGAUUAAUUUGAUUGAAAGUUUGAAAUAUUAAAUUAGGGAUAAUAUUUUAAAGACAUUUUCGGACAAGCUAGAAGUGAAAUAAGUUUGGAUUUAUUGAGGAUUUAAGCGGGGGCAGAUUUUUGUUUGUACAUUUUUUACAUUGUGAAUAUAAUAAUACUUUUAUAAAUAUAAUACAAUUAUUAUCAGCUUUUUUGGAUGAACAAAUUCACUUCUUUAUCGACACAAAU